UACGCAAAGCCAAUUAAUUCAAUAGCCAAAACCAAAACGCAAUUAGCAUAAAAAUCUGAAAGAAAGAAAGAAGAAAGAGAAAGAUGAGCGGUGGAGCUGGGAAGAUUGUGUGUGUGACUGGUGCCUCUGGUUACAUAGCUUCAUGGCUUGUCAAGCUUCUUCUCAACCGUGGUUACACAGUCAAGGCCUCUGUUCGUGACCCCAAUGAUCCAAAGAAAACAGACCACUUACAAGUACUUGAUGGGGCCAAGGAGAGACUUCACCUAUUCAAAGCAAAUCUACUGGAAGAAGGUUCUUUUGAUUCUGCUGUUGAGGGCUGUGAUGGGGUUUUCCACACUGCAUCUCCCUUCUAUAAUAACGUCAAGGACGCAGAGGCAGAAUUACUUGAACCUGCAGUGAAGGGUACACUUAAUGUUCUUAAUUCGUGUGUGAAAUUUCCAUCUGUUAAGUGGGUAGUCGUGACAUCCUCUAUGGCUGCAGUUUUACACAAUAAAAAAGCUCAAACUCCUGAUGUAGUUGUUGAUGAGACUUGGUUUUCUGAUCCAGACGUUUGUAAGGAAGCAAAGCAAUGGUAUACGCUUUCAAAGACAUUGGCUGAAGAAAAUGCCUGGAAGUUUGCAAAAGAGAAGGGUAUUGACAUAGUUACAAUUAACCCAGCAAUGGUGAUUGGUCCUCUCUUACAGCCAAUGCUUAACACAAGUGCUGCUACGGUUUUGAACUUAAUAAAUGAUUCGCAUUGACUCGGCUCCAAUUCGUGCUGACUCGGCUCCGAUUCGUGCCGACUCGGCUUCGAUUUGCACUGAUUCCCGCCGAACCAGGCCAAUUCAGCCAGAAUUGAGUCGUAUCGGCCGAAUUGGAUCGUAUUGGCUGGCAGCCGAAACUGACCGAAACGGCCGAAAUAUGCCAAAAUCAGCCUUGAAACAUGCUGGAACAGCCGAAAUCGGCUUUGAAUGAGGCCCAAACAUCUUAAAUCUGUCCUUCCUCUAUUUUAUUUUGAAUAUUUGUUACUUUUUUUGUGUUUUCUUUUUUGUUUUGUGUUUUGUUGUGUGUUUCUUGCCUUCUUCUUUCUUUGUUUUGUGAACCAAGGACAUAUAAUGUAUUUUUUAAGAAUAUUUUAAUAGUAAAAAUAUAUAGAAAAUAUAAAUAAUAUUUUUUUAAUCGCCACACCUGCACCCUACUUUUUCAAAAAUUACUGAGUCCUGCACCCGUGCUUGAUAUAUGUUAAGUAAGCAGUUGAUGCUAGCUAAUUUUGUCCCGUUUAUCUUUUGUACAAAAGCCAUUCCUGCUCUACUUUGUUGGAUUUCAAUGAUAGUUAUUCAUUUUCCUUAUGUUGUUGCUAUCUUAGUACACACCUAGGAUACCUUGUGUAUUGAGAAGCUCCCUUUUUUUCUUUUCCUUCCCCCUAAUAAAACUUUAUUAUUCAUCAGAAAAAAAUAUCUUUAUUUG